AUGAGCGAGAAGAAACCUCUGGGAAUCUCUCCAGGGGCCCCAUUCACGGCCCAUGUUGCCUCUGAUUCACCCAGCACACUUGAUGACACACUGCAAGACAUCGAGGACGUCAACAUGGCGAUAUCGGAUGAACAGGAGAGGGCGAGUGUGCUUCAACUCGCCCGAAAACUCACAAAGGAGUCCCAUGCUGUCCCUGGAACCCUGUUUCCUGCUCCAACUGAUAUCCGAUUGGAUCCUUACAGCCCUGAAUUUGACGCACGGGAAUGGGCAAAGGCCUUCUACCGACUAAGGUCCGAUGCUACCAAUGGCAAGGCACCGGGUACUGCCGGAGUCGCCUUUCAGGAUGUCAACGUUUAUGGCUUCGGUGCCCCAACGGACUACCAGAAGACGGUAGGAAACUUGAUUUUGACAGUGCAAAAUUCUGUUAGAACGCUUUUUGGGGUGAAGAAACAGCGUGUAGAUAUUCUGCACAACAUCGAAGGUAUCGUUCACAGCGGAGAAAUGCUUGCCGUUCUGGGACCACCGGGCUCAGGCUGCUCUACAUUCUUGAAGACCCUGGCUGGCGAUAUCUAUGGUCUUCAUGUCGAUGAUGGUGCUGUCAUCAACUACCAAGGCAUUGAGCCGGAAAAGAUGCGCACCGACUUCCGAGGGGAAUCAGUCUAUACAGCUGAGGUUGACCAGCACUUUCCUUUCUUGAGUGUUGGAGAUACUCUCUACUUUGCUGCACGUGCGCGUUGUCCAAGGAAUAUUCCUGACGGGAUCACGCGGCAGCAGUAUGCAGAGCAUCUAAGAGAUGUCACGAUGGCCAUGUUUGGGAUUUCACAUACCAAGAAAACGCGGGUGGGCGAUGACUUUGUCCGUGGCGUCAGUGGCGGCGAACGUAAACGCGUCACGAUCGCAGAAGCGAUGUUGAGUUACGCAUCCCUUCAAUGUUGGGACAAUAGUACUCGUGGCCUUGAUAGUGCCAAUGCAUUAGAGUUUUGUCGCACUUUGAGAAUCCAAGCCGAUAUAAUGGGCAGCACCUUAUGCGUCUCACUGUAUCAGACCCCUCAAGCUGCGUACGAUGUUUUCGAUAAGGUCAUAGUUCUCUAUGAAGGCCACCAGAUCUUCUUUGGCAAGGCAAGCGAAGCGAAGCGCUAUUUCGAAAAUCUUGGCUUCAUUUGUCCUGAGCAGCAGACGACACCUGACUUCCUUACGUCAAUGACAAGCCCUCAAGAACGUGUCAUCAAGCGUGGCUGGGAAGCAAAGACACCCAAAACCCCUCAGGAGUUCGCGGAUGCCUGGCGAGCGAGUUCAAACCGUGUCAGCCUACAUGAGGAGCUAGAAGACUACCAUAGUCGACAUCCCUUUGGGGCCUUUUCAUCCAUGCUUACUGACUUACCUUUCAAAGUCGGCAACUCUAUUUGCAUUAAUCUGAUUCUUUACUUUAUGGGUCACCUUCGGCGUGAGCCUGGUCACUUCUUUUUCUUUCUUCUCAUAUCCUUUAUCAUGACGCUGACCAUGUCAAUGAUGUUCCGCUUCAUUGCCUCAAUUACCAAGUCUGUCGACCAGGCUCUUGCACCUUCCUCCCUCCUACUCUUGAUCAUCAUGCUCUAUACAGGUUAUGCUAUACCGCCCCAGUAUAUGAAAGUCUGGCUCGGCUGGCUACGCUGGCUCAAUCCCGUCUACUAUGGGUUUGAAAGCGUUAUGCUGAAUGAGUUCAGUGGUCGGCACUUUCGCUGCUCCGAUUUCGUGCCCUCGGGUCCUGCAUACGACUCGAUGCCAGCGGAUCAAGUUGCUUGUUCUGUGGCCGGAUCUGUGCCAGGAGAGGACUUCGUCAACGGUUCAGCAUACCUCGAGGCGGCGUUCGGCUACGUUCAUUCCCACAUGUGGCGCAACUUUGGCAUUAUUGUCGCCUACCUAGUCUUGUUCCUCGUCUUACACCUGCUUACAACCGAGUGGAUCUCUUCAGAGAAGUCCAAAGGGGAGGUCUUAGUCUUCACCCGGGCCAGUAUGAAGACACGGGGACAAAAGAAUGUUCGCGAUGUUGAGGCUGUCGGCAGUGCUUCUGUACGGCCCGUCAUGGCCGACGAGUCCAGUGAGAAUUCGAAACUUGAGAAGCAGACGGCCGUGUUUCAUUGGAGGAAUGUCUGCUACGAUAUUCAAAUUAAUGGGAAACCUCGACGGCUCUUGGACCAAGUGGACGGCUGGGUCAAGCCAGGCACUCUGACUGCGCUGAUGGGAGUCUCGGGAGCGGGGAAGACCACGCUUCUUGAUGUUCUCGCAAGCCGAACAACCAUGGGAGUUAUCUCUGGGGACAUGCUUAUUAAUGGUCAACCCCGCGAUAGCUCAUUUCAACGAAAAACUGGUUAUAUUCAGCAACAGGACCUUCAUUUAUCUACAUGCACAGUUCGGGAGGCAUUGAACUUUAGUGCACUACUUCGACAGCCUAAUCAUUACUCCCGCGCCGAGAAGAUCGCUAUUCUCUUCCAGAGGUUUGACCGCCUACUUCUUCUCGCUAAGGGAGGUCAAACGGUUUAUUUUGGGGAUAUCGGACAGAAUUCAAGUACCCUGACCAAUUAUUUUACCCGGAACGGAGCAGCUCCCUGCCCUGCAGGGGCCAAUCCCGCUGAAUAUAUGCUUGAAGCGAUUGGGGCGGCUCCGGGCGCUCACACCGAGUUCGACUGGCCUAGAAUAUGGAGGGAAUCACCAGAGUACCGUGGGGUAGAGGAGGAGCUGAGAAUGCUUUGCGGCGAUAGUGUACCGCCACGAUCCUCCACAUCGCACCAGCAAUCAUCCGAACACAGCGACUUUGCUGCGCCAUUCCAGAUCCAGUUGUGGCUGGUUCUGCAGAGGGCCCUCCAGCAGUAUUGGAGGACUCCGUCUUACAUAUAUUCCAAAGCCGUUCUCGCAGUCGGUGCUGCGCUUUUCAUUGGGCUUUGCUUUUUGAAUGCGGAGAACACAGCCCGCGGACUGCAGAACCAAAUGUUUGCGGUUUUCAUCUUUCUUUUCAUAUUUCCAUCUAUGCUGCAGCAAAUCAUGCCUAUUUUCGUGUCGCAACGCACGCUCUAUGAGGCCAGAGAGCGGCCAUCAAAAGCGUAUUCAUGGAAAGCCUUCAUCAUUGCCAACAUUUUGGUUGAGAUAGCCUGGAACUCGCUUAUAUCUGUGUUUUGCUUUGUCUGCUGGUAUUUUCCGAUUGGUCUGUACAGGAAUGGGUACGAGACGAACUCGGCCAACGAAAGAGGCAUCUGCAUGUUCCUCCACAUUUUGGUUUUAUUUAUAUUCACAGGAACAUUUGCCCACCUGAUGAUUGCUGGGGUAGAAGCUCCAGAAAUUGCUGGUGCUAUUGGAAAUCUUCUAGCAAUUAUGAUGUUCGUUUUCUGCGGGGUUCUCGCUACGCCUCAGAACCUUCCACGAUUCUGGAUUUUCAUGUAUCGGGUGAGCCCACUUACCUACGUCGUCGAGGGCUUCCUGGGCACAUCCCUGGCUAACGCCAAAGUGGAAUGUACAUCAAACGAGCUCAUCCAUUUCUUGGCACCACACAAUGACACUUGUGGCAAUUACAUGACCGAGUACAUCUCAGUCGCUGGGGGGUAUCUUGUGAAUCCGGAAGUUGGAUUCGGACAAGAAUGCAGUUAUUGCCCAAUUACAUCAACCAAUGACUUUUUGUCGUCAAUAAGUAUCAGCUUUGAUCAUCCCUGGCGCAACUUGGGUCUCAUCAUUGUGUACUGCUUGUUCAAUGGUGCUGCUGCAGUUGGACUUUAUUGGUUGAUGAGAGUGCCUAGGAAGGUUCGGGGCUAG